AUGGAUCCAAAUGUCCGAAGCGAGGCUGGUUUCGCGAUGGCCGAGCGAAUCGCGUUCACCGAUCCGAGCGAGCUGAGAAUCGGAGGGAAAUUGAUCAAAAGACGGCCGAAAGAACGAAUCGAGGACUAUCCAUCUGUCAAAUACGACAAAAAGAAAGGAAAUCAACCGAAAAAGACGAAUUUCAGCGAAAUCUUUGACAAAGAAGUUCUU